AUGUCCGUAAUUGCCAUAAAACGCACGCUGCAUAUCCUUCACACAUGCAUGCGUGCUCGAGUACCACGAAAAGCCAAUCCUGGCAUUGGCUACCAAUUGCAACAGGUAGAGCCCGAGGACGCCACUGAAGAUUACGGCGAGUUUGAGUCUGACUUUAUGUCCGUCAAUCAAAGCCAUCGUCAGCAUGAGGCGCAACUGCGAAGUGAACGUGAUCGGGUGCGUCAGUUUAUGAUUAAACACAAAUACUUUCGCGAUGCCAAGCUGCCUAAUUUGCUGCUGCACGCGGAGAAGGAACAAAUGCGUCUGCUGCACGAGCGCGAUCCCGAGGAAUGGAGCGUGGAGCGCCUGGCCGAGAGUUUUCCAGCGACACCGGAAAUUGUGAAAAAAGUGCUGCGCGCCAAGUGGCGACCACAGAAUUUUCAAAGGAUACGGGCCCACGACGAAUCCGUUAUACGGAAUUGGGCGGAUAUGCGGGCGGGAAAAUGUGACGUAAACAUACCGCCAGCUUUAAUGGAACAUCUGCGAAAGUUUGGCGCUCGCAAAUGGGCGGACCUGAAACAAAUGUCACCGAAACAGUGGCCCACACGUCCGGAGCUCCCCAUGCCACAAACAAAUGAGUUUCGUGCGCUAGUCAGCGGUGGCAAGCAAGAUUCGUUUACUACCAGUCCAGCACCGCAGUUGACAUCGGGUGCCCCAUCAUCGCCUGUGCCUCCAUCUGCAGCUGAAGAAGAAACCUAUUUGCUAGACAAGGUGCGCAUUAGGAAAAAUAUGCGACUACAAGAGCUUAAGGACCUCGUCCCACACAUAAACCAAAUUGACAUCACAGAGCAGGCGGCCCAAACGUUAAAAAACCCCAGUGGCACCGGCAAAUUACCCAGCUUUGUUGACAAGUUCCAGACCACAGAGAUUGCGAUCAGUGCAGCAGAUCAGCAACGGUACGAGAUAAGCCGUAUAAAGGAUCGUAUUGUUAUACCCAGGAAGUUACAUCGUAAUGGUGCCACCUAUCGCGUGAAGGAUGCAUAUUACGACGACGAUGGCGAAUUCCUAUACAGAGUGCCCGGCAUGACCGGCAGCAAUCCUUUCACCUGAAACAACAACAAGAAUCGCAUUGUACUUUAAGCCUUUUAUUAGCAAAAGAUAAAAAAUACGCAUUACAAAAUACACGCAUCCAAAAAACUAAGAGCUA